AUGUCUCCUACUCAGGCGCUUACUCUGGAGGCGGAUCGAGUUUUCAAGCGAACGGUGAAGGAAGACCACGACUUUAACGAGUUCCAGCAACAGCGGGAAAAGUUGAACUACUUCUGGAUAGUUGAGAAGAAAAACUUGGAAGACAAGCGGGCAGAGCUACGCAACAAGGAGAGGGAGCUGCAGGACAUCGAGGAGAAGCAUCAGGUAGAAAUCAAGAUCUACAAGCAGCGCGUGAAGCAUCUCCUGUACGAGCAGCAGGAUGACGUCACCGCCAAGAAAAUGUCGGCGGAGGUGUCUCUGAAGCUUGCCCAGGACGCACACCGAGAAGAAGAGAGGGAGCUGAAAGUGGACAGGAGGGGGCUCAGGCUCGGGGCAAAGGAAAUGGGACUGAGUCACGAGGCGUACCUGAUGACGCUGAAGCAGCAGCAGGACCGGAACAUCACGAUGCUCAAGACGGAGUUCGAGAGGAAGGCCGGGGAAGUGCACAAGAUAUUUGAGAAGGCCAUGAAAACGGUCCGGGAACGGCUUGACGCAGCGAGAAAAGCGGAGACGGCGAAGAUCGAGGAGCGAAAAAACUCCCACAUCGAGCGGCUCAUGAAGGCGCAUGAGAAGGCCUUCGCUGAGAUCAAGAACUACUACAACGACAUCACGCACAACAACCUCGACCUCAUCCGUUCCCUCAAGGAGGAGGUCGCCGACAUGAGAAAACGGGAACAGCAGGACGAGAAGCUUAUGUACGAGAUUGCCCAGGAAAACAAGAAGAUGUCGGAGCCGCUUAGGAAGGCCCGACAGGACGUGGAGAGGCUUCGGCAAGAGCUAGAACGGUAUCGACAGGAGCAGGAGCAGCUGAGACUGACUAAGGCCAGGGUGCUCAUUAUGGAGGAGCGACUCCGGGACCUCCACUGGGAGGACGAGGUGCUGGGCCAGCGGUUCGCGAUAGUCAGUCGAGAGCGGGACCAGCUGAGGGACCGUUUCCAGGAUUCUGUCAAGCAGGCUCAGCAGAAGUCGGGCUUCCGGAAUCUCAUCCUCGAGAGGAAGCUCGGGGGGCUUGCAGAGGAGGCUGAGAAAAGAGACGCGUGCGUUAACGAGGUUUUGUCACGGGCGAACUUGGAAGCCGCCGCAGCGACGCAGGUCAAGGGCAAGGUAGAGAACAUUCUGGAGCAGAAGGGUCGGGUGGUGGCGGAUCUCGAACAAGAGGUGGCCAGAGUCAAAACCGCGCACGCUAGGCUCGUUAGAGCGGCCGAAGCAAAGCUGCGCGACUUCGGCAUCCCCACCGAAGAGCUGGGGUUCCUGCCUCAAGUUGUAACCGGUGGGGCCGGCGCGGGCGGGGUGGCAAGAACGGGGCUUCUCACCGCUAGAAAAGGGGUUAGCGGCGACGGGGGUCGUGGUGGGGGGAGUGCGGCCGCGGGAAAACAGCGGCCGCCUCAGCACGUGUCGGUAACUCAGGCCACCGUGAAGGCUUGA